AUGCGCAAAACGGGAUGUCAAACGUCACGCAUUCCUCAUCCCCCAAGCUCUCCCUUCUUUUUCCCCGUUCUCCCCUCAUCUCCUCCGCUCUCCCCUCAUCUCCUCCGCUCUCCCCACAUCUUCUCCGCUCUCCCUCCAUCGUCCCCGCUCUCCCCUCAUCGUCUCCCCUCAUCUUCAGGGCUCUCCCCUCAUCUUCCCUGCUCGUUCCUCAUCUCCCCCGCUCUCCCCAACCCCCACUCCCUCCCCUCCCCCCAUACUCUCUCCUCAUUUCCUUGCGUGCUCCGCUUAUCUCUACGCGCUUCAUUGCUCCCCCUUUUUUUGCACCCACCCUUCAUCUCCCCACCACUCUCCGCCUCCCCUACUCUUCUCCCAUCCCCCACUCAACCCUCAUCUCGCUUACCUCCCUCCCCACCGUCCCCCCACUCACCCGUCAUCUUCCUCACUCCCCUCCCCAGUUCCCACGUCCUAACCAUCCCUCACCCCCCCCCCUCCGGCCCUCCCCUCACCUUUCCCACACCCACCCCUCAUCUACGCCACCCAUUCACUCCUCAUUAG